AUGUCAGUUUGGGAAACACAGUUUAAUGUUGAUUGGAUAGAUGAGAAACCAAGAAUUUGCCAGUCUUCCCUAGAGGAUAUUCCAUCAUUGACACAGAUUUUAACUUUUUUGAAUCAUAAUCAGCCGGCUUGUUACCAUAGACUCCUUGCCUACUACGUUUAUGAAAAUCAUCAAAUUUCAGAGGAGCAAGUCGACCGAAUCAUUGAGAUAAAUUCUCUAAAUUCCCUUGUUGCUUUGAAAUGCACUAGGCCACAAAUUGCUAACUUGCUGGUGCGUCACUUAUCUUUAAAAGUCGCACUUUUGGAUGACUUGAACCAGAAGUCCAAGAUUAUUUUUAAUAGACAAUCAACUUAUCAACUAGAUCAAUUUCAGAGUUUUCUUGUACAAGAGGAAAAGCCCAUACUGGAAAUAUUGAAUAAACUAUUGGACUGUUAUCCUGAACAAUCGUGUACAAAUGGUCGGUUAAUAAUAGCAUCGUGUCUUCACCUAAUAGAUGCAAAUGACCUAACACUAAAGAGAACAGCUGUUUUAUUGCUUUCCAAGUAUUUAUCCAUGGGCCGAAAAGCUAAAGAAAACGGCCGCAUUGGUGCUAUAAAAGAAUCAAUCAAACCCUAUCUUUUUUUCCUCGAUGAAAAAUACAGCUCCAUCAAUAUUGCUGCCUACGACUUAAUGAUACAAAUUUCAGACAGAACUCAACGAAGCAAUUUAGUUGCUAGAUAUUUGAUUCCAUAUAUGAUGGCAAUAAAGGAGAGAAAUUUGGGGUUGUUAAAGGACUGCAUGACAAGAAUACUAAUACCUUUAGUUGAUUUGAUGGAAGUGUCUAUAAUUUUAAACUAUUCUUCGUUGCACGAAAAUUUGUUUCUGAAUAUCCUCUAUGACCCAUACAUAACACUAGACAUCUCUCUAUUACUGCAAACCUUGGGCUUGUGGCUCCAAAUUCUUCAUUUGAUCAGCCCUAGGAUUAAGAAAUACAAGUACGACAUUUUGAGUAUAGUUUCAAUCAUUGAACAAAAAGCAGCAGGAAACUAUCAGGUUCAAAAAAAGCUCGCAGAAAUUCUUCAGAUUUUGCGCAGCUCAACCUCUGAAGUAGAUUGGGAUCAGGAUAUCGAACUUCUUGUAACCAAAAGUGGAGGAAGGCCUUUUAUGUUAAAAUAG